AUGUCUAAGUCGACGUCAGUGUCUACCAUACUGUAUCUGAGGCAGAGGUUGCAGGGGCUGAAGAUAUAUGAAACUUCAGAUCUAAUACAGCACAUCAACACGUUCGAUGAAUUAGUCGGUGAACAAGUGUCCGUGGAUGUGAAAAUUGAGGAAAAAACUAAGGACAUGAUCUUGUUGUGUUCUUUGUCCCCUUUGUUAACAACACUUACUUGUAGCAUGGUGAAGGUUGCUGCUUCGUUACGCUUUCCAAACGAGCGUUGGCUCGAAGUCAUAACGAAGGAGCCUAGAGCUUUUGUUUACCAUAAUUUCUUGGCUCUCUUCUUUAAAAUUUGUAAGACAAACGAAGAAUGUGAUCACUUGAUUAGCCUCGCGAAACCUAGUAUGGCGAGGUCCAAGGUGCGCAAUGCGUUAACUGGACUUGGUGAAGAAAGCAGCUCACGGACGAGUUCAGGAACUUUUAUUAGAAGUGGACAUGACAAAAUCGUCAAAGAGAUUGAGAAAAGGAUUUCAGAAUUCACCUUCAUUCCUCAAGAAAACGGAGAAACGCUUCAAGUUAUCAAUUAUGAAGUUGGGCAGAAAUUUGAGCCUCACUUUGACGGAUUUCAAAGAAUUGCUACGGUUCUUAUGUAUCUCUCGGAUGUUGAUAAAGGCGGCGAAACAGUUUUCCCUGAAGCCAAAGGAAUUAAAAGUAAAAAAGGAGUCUCUGUUAGACCGAAGAAGGGAGACGCUUUACUCUUUUGGAGCAUGAGACCCGACGGGUCUCGAGACCCUUCGAGUAAGCAUGGUAAGAGGCAUUGCCUUUCUCUAAACUUGUUUUAA